UUUUUUUGCUUCUGAGAUAAAACAAAUUGCUAAAGAAAAAAAAAAACUUUAAAAUUAUCUGAUGAAAUAGGAAAUUACCGUCAUCAGAUUAAAAGGUAUCAAACUUUGAAAGCAGAAUCCAGGGAUUCGGAUAUUUGUUUCUCUGUUUCUUCCUCUUUCUAUUUCUCUCGCGGUAAUGGAAGCUGAUGUAUCCAUUCCCUUCUAACGCCCCUCACAAUUGAAUCUCUGUCGUUCUACGGGGAGCUAGGGUUUUCUUUUUGGAUCGAAUUUCUUCGGGGGUUUUCAAAUUUUUGAUUAUUCGAUGGAGAUGAAUCGAGUUUUGUUGUUGUUAUUAUUAUUAUGGUUUCUCUGUUUAUCGAGUGUUUUCUUGAUGACGUCAGCCAGUGUGAUCUUGAUUGGUAAUAACGUUACCCUCUCUUUCGAUGACAUUGAAGCUAAUUUUGCCCCAGCAAUUAAAGGGUCAGGGGAAUGUGGGGUAUUAUAUUUGGCAAAGCCUCUUGAUGGCUGUUCGGAUUUGAGUAAUAAAGUUGAUAAAGUUUCCAACGUUUCUUCCCCAUUCGCAUUGGUUAUUAGAGGAGGCUGCAGUUUUGAAGAGAAAGUAAGGAGAGUACAAAAGGCAGGAUUCAAAGCCGCUAUUGUCUAUGACAAUGAUGAUGAUGGUGUCCUGGUUGCAAUGGCAGGGAAUGCAGCUGGAAUAAAAAUACAUGCUGUCUUUGUUUCCAAGGCUUCUGGUGAAAUACUCAAAAUGUAUGCUGGGUCUACUUAUAUGGAGCUGUGGCUAAUCCCUAGCUUUGAAAACUCAGCAUGGUCAAUCAUGGCCAUCUCCUUUGUUUCGCUACUUGCCAUGUCAGCAGUGCUGGCAACUUGUUUCUUUGUACGCAGACAUCGCAUUAGGCAAGAACGCCCUCAAUCUUCUCGAGUUCGUGAAUUCCAUGGAAUGAGCCGGCGUUUGGUAAAAGCAAUGCCUAGUUUGAUAUUCACUGCAGUCUUGGAAGAUAAUUGUACAUCAAGAACCUGUGCAAUAUGUCUUGAAGAUUAUACUGUGGGAGAGAAGCUCAGGAUUCUUCCAUGUCGACACAAGUUUCAUGCUUUUUGCGUUGAUUCAUGGCUUACAACAUGGAGAACUUUUUGCCCUGUAUGCAAGCGUGAUGCGAGAACCAGCGCAGGUGAUCCUCCAGCAUCGGAAAGUACACCAUUGCUUUCAUCCACCCCAAGCUCUGUGUCGUCCUCUGCAUUGUCAUAUACACGAUCUUCAUUAGCAUCAUCAUCAUCAGCCAUACGAAUAGCCCCAGCAGUAUCUCCGUCGCCAUCUAUUUCUCACAGUCAUUCUCGGGCCGGCACCCCAUAUAUUCAGCAAUCACUUAGGUCCUAUCAUCAAUCUCCUUCCAGAAGCUCAGUGGAUCUUAGGAAUGCAUCUUCCCAAAGAUCUCGUGCUACUCAUCUGGUUUCACCGGCCUCGUUGAAUUACCCUUCUAUAUCCCCUCUUAAUACAAGAUACAUGUCGCCGUAUUUUCCAAGCCCAAGCAAUGAGUCACCAGGUUUAGUCAGUUCUUCCGGUCACCUGCUGCAUCCACUUCAUUGUAGUGAGUCGGCUGCUAGUUUUUCUCCAUUUGCAUCUGCCCAUUCUCUUCCAGAAUGUUAAUUA